UUAUUUUGUUUUUCAGGCAGAUACAGAUAAAACAAUGUCUGCCAACCUGAAAUAUCUUUCCUUGGGAAUCUUGGUCUUCCAGACGACCAGUUUGGUUCUAACAAUGCGCUAUUCCAGGACCUUGAAGGAGGAAGGACCUCGCUAUCUGUCUUCCACAGCGGUGGUUGUGGCUGAAAUCCUGAAGAUAAUGGCCUGCAUUUUAUUAGUCUACAAAGAUAGCCAAUGUAGCCUGAGAGCACUGAAUCGGACACUACGUGAUGAAAUCCUCAAUAAGCCUAUGGAGACGGUUAAACUCGCUAUUCCAUCAGGGAUAUAUACUCUUCAGAAUAACCUGCUCUACGUGGCGCUGUCAAAUCUAGACGCGGCUACCUACCAGGUCACCUAUCAGUUGAAAAUUCUUACGACGGCACUGUUUUCUGUGUCUAUGCUUAGUAAAAAAUUAGGUGUGUACCAGUGGCUCUCCCUGGUGAUUCUGAUGACUGGAGUGGCUUUUGUACAGUGGCCCUCCGAUUCUCAGGAGCUGGACUCGAAGGCGCUCUCGGCCGGCUCGCAGUUUGUGGGUCUCAUGGCCGUUCUCACCGCGUGCUUUUCAAGUGGCUUUGCUGGCGUUUACUUCGAGAAAAUCUUGAAAGAGACCAAGCAGUCGGUGUGGAUCAGGAACAUUCAGCUGGGUUUCUUUGGGAGUAUAUUUGGACUGAUGGGUGUAUACGUUUAUGAUGGAGAAUUGGUAUCCAAGAAUGGUUUUUUUCAGGGAUACAACCGACUGACCUGGAUAGUUGUUGCUCUUCAGGCACUUGGAGGACUUGUAAUAGCUGCUGUUAUCAAGUAUGCAGAUAAUAUUUUAAAAGGAUUUGCAACCUCUUUAUCUAUAAUAUUAUCAACACUGAUAUCCUAUUUUUGGCUACAAGAUUUUGUGCCAACCAGUGUCUUUUUUCUUGGAGCCAUCCUUGUAAUAGCAGCUACUUUCCUAUACGGUUACGACCCCAAACCCGCAGGAAAUCCCACCAAAGCUUAGAGGAGUGCUCUCGUGGCCAUCACGGUGCCCGGGCUCGCGGCGUUCCCCUGGCAGAGGGUUCCACAGAUCCGAGAAGGUGCCGCCCGACUCUCAUCACACUGGUCAAAUGGUCGGAAAACACAGACGUUUAAGGAUACAGCAUGUGUAUAUGUAACAAAAUGCCUGUCGCCUCUAGAAAUCCAAACUUGAACGUAUCGCCAGGGAUUGGAAUCGUUGCAGGAAACCUGAAUCUGCGUGUAGAGAGUUUGCCUCUCUGGUUGCUGCAGAAAUGGCCUGUGCAUUCUGCAAGGGCCCACGCAGCACGGGCCAGAGGUCGGUUUCUGCACACAGCUGUUUAAUCCUACUUAAUGUUUUUAUCUUACUCUUUCUGUACAGAUACAUCAAAUCAUAUGGAAUAGCCAGAGUUUGACAAUUAUAAUUAUAAUUAUUAUAAUUACCUGUAAAGCUGUGAAGAGAUAGAAGUAUGACCUGAAAAACAUUUUCACGUAUCUGAGAUUUCUAUAUUUAUACAAAAGAUUGGUAAACAAAAGAUUGCUAAAUGUUAUUUGUUCAACUACAUAAAAAUUGAUGAAGUAACAUUCUGGGUCUGAUUUGUCAGAAUAAAAUCAUAGUCACAUUUAAGUAUCAUGUAGAGAAAUACACACGCGUAUUUCUCCAUCUACCUUGUAGGUCUCUCCAUGCUCCGAAAGCGUCCAGUGGCUCCGUGCUAGGUGGGACCCGGGGACCCUGACGCUAAUGGAGUAUGACCAUCUUGACUGCGUUUCUUUUCAUAAACCACAUAAAUCUUUACUAGUCCUUCAAGUUAAAUUUCUGUGUGUUCCAUUAAAGUUUUAAUAUGUAAUUUAAAGGGAUUACAUACUCAUUUAAUAAUUUAAAAUAAAAUAAUUAUUACCUAAUAUCUCCAUUUGGAGAGUGUUGAACUAUCAGAGCAUGCACUGUAUGCAAUUAGAAUGUUUUUAAUGAGUAUUUUACUCAUUGAUCUGUAAACUCUACAACUGUUGACAAAAACAACCACCAAAAAAAUAGAACUGGUAUCAAGGAGUUGAGACCAAAAGGACUUUUCUUGGGACAUUCCAGGUCACCACGACGCCACGUUAUUUCAAGUGGCACUGUACCUGUAAAUCCAAGGCCGCCCAGCACUUCCCAGGCCUCCCACACCCGCCGUCCCGGGACCCCAGCACACGCUGGGAGGCGGCUAGUUCCCUCUGUGCCGCUGUGGCUUCCCUUCCGUCUUGACGGCACCGCAGGGCAGGUGCACGUUACCUGCGCUGUUCGGUCAGUCGGUGGGAGACUGCGGCAGAAGUGGGAAGGUGAAUGUGGGCAAAAAUACUUGCUAAGUUGGAGCGUGGGUGUAAGUACUGACUAGACAGAACUACCACUGAAUAAAAGAAGUGUUUUACUUUUUUUUUCAUUCAUACUUAAUAUAUUUUUUAAAAGUUUCCUGCUCUAAUAGUAUAAAAACUGUAAAAUGUAAAUAUUUUUAUAUCAUUCUAAUGGAUUUCGUUGAACAGAAUUUGGCUCAAAAAUACUAUUUUCCAAACUUGGGUACUUUUUGCUAAUUAGGAUUGGCUGUUACUUUGUGAUACAAACCUUGUCUCUACAGGACACAGGCCUAAUUUAUUUCACGCAGUUUAAAUGUGUUUAAAAUGACAAAAUACUUUAAAUGAUUUUGCUGGUGAUUCCAAAUCGGCACCAAGCAGAUUUUCUGGAAGUCUGACUUGUGAUUUUCAGUCACCAAGUGAAAAUACCUUUUAGAGUGUUUGUUUAAUGACUAGCACAUUCGAGCAUGGUGCUUCUAGCUAACAACAUGCAGACUUGCAUCUCAUUACCUCCUGCGAUGUGAAAUCUAAGUCCUGCAAGUGCAAGUGCUCAGAACUCCAGGCUGAAUGUAAAGAUUUAUGUCCAGACCACAAGAAGUCCUGGUUGCGUAACUAUGCAUUAAUUCCAUAUGCACUCAAAAUUAACUGUUAAUUCAGGUUUAUUCUGUCUCUAUUUUAACACUUCCAAAAAUAAUACAAGAGCAUGAUUGCGUAUCAGAUAUGUUAGUUACAAUGAUGUAUUUUCAGGUGUCCAAUAUAACACAAUUUUCAAGAUUCCCAACAAAGUUUAUAAAAUUAUAAUCAAGAGUUGUGAGAAAGGAGAAAAUAGUCUAAAGUAUAUUUUCAAAGCAAUUUUUUAUCGUAUUUUGCUUUUCUAGUCAGUUUGAAAACAUUAUUAGAGAUUGGGUUGUGCAGUUUAUAUGUUUUAAUUCAUAAAGGAAUCGUCACCUUUGA